CCCAAAGAACAUUUUGUACGGCUUAUGAAAGGGAUUGUGGGGGAUCAGAUGCUUAGGAUAGCAUUAGCAAAAGUGCAACAACAGACAAAAACCAACACAGGUUCUUCUGGUGGACAGCAGCCCCCUGUAAGGAUUUCUACUGUUACUUCCAGUGGAACAAAAUUUAAUGAUCCCGAUGCAUUAGCACAACUGCAUCAGAGAAGCUGGAAUGCAGCUGCAGACCAUUCUCAUAAUGCUUCUUCAGCUAUCCAAGUAAAGAGUGAGCCAACCUAUUCAACUAUGGACAUCAGUGCUAAAAAACCUCAGGAACAUGAUGUUCGAGUCGUGCAAUCAAAUCAAUUACCAACAUCCAGUUCUAUUGCUAUUAGUCAAGAAACUGAAAGAUCCACCAUUCACAUGCAAGGCCUUAAUAAGCAGCAACAACAGCAUAUACAUUUCCCAUCGACAUAUGGAAGCAGUGGUGGUAACUACAGCCAUUUUUCCGGGACAAUAACUGGUUCAUUAUCAUCUCUCAGACCACAACUUCAUCAUCAUGAUUUACACAUAAGGAGAAUUCCAGAUCUGAACAUUGGUCUAAAUCACUUGGGUGUAAUACGGCAGAGUACAUUCAACGAUUCUAAGUGAAUGCGAGGUUGAUCUGUGUCAACUGAACAUUUAUCUAAAUUGCAUGGGAUGCCUAUUGUUAACUCUGGUGAAAUUGAACAGGGUAUUGGUGUCAAUCAAGGCUCUGUAUUGAUGUGAUCCUAAUAUUCUCUCUCUUGAAAAGAAUAAUAAAGUCAUUGUGGAAUAAAAGAACCAAAUUAAUUUUGGGUUCAAAGUCUUAUUUUCGUAGGUCAUGAUAUGUCUGUCUUGUUUUGGCUAUAUCUGGAGCUCUGGAUGUCCGUUUGAGGUGAUCUUUAACUCGUUGGAAAGCUUACAAAAUUCUCUACAUUUCAUCUGUUUGAGUCAAGAGCAAAUUCAGAAUAUUUAAUGGUGCAGAAUGAGCUGUAAGUAGAAGACGUGGUUAAAGUAUGUUAGCUGAAGAAUUAAAGGUGGUGUUUGUGGAAAUGUAACGUCUAGCCAUAAUAAGCAUUCACAAAUCAAUGUGCAAAUGAAUAUGUAACCUUCUCAUGCAUUGAUCAGCCACCAACUUUAAAGAUCCAAUUAAAUUGUAACCUCUUUUGUAAUAACUAGCCACCUAGGAGUUAUAACACUAAUUAUGUUAUGAUUGUAAGCAUUUCAGCAUCCAAGCCUAUUUCCUAUAUAAAGGGGGCGAAAAUAAUGAA